AUGAAAUUAAACAUAUUAGCCGUCGUUUUUCCAUCACUAACGAUAGCUCUGAGGGCACCAGUUCCUGAUGCGACGGCUCAUCCCCACGGGCAACUACUUGCACAAUAUCCUCAGCCUACGGCGUCAUUUGACGACAAUGAAUUUCAUGCGGCUGUGCGACGUGACACCACUGGCUCGUUUACUGCAAUCCCAACAUCGGGUUCUCUGUCAACCUCAUACGCACCAGCCAGCUUAUGUGGCUGGGUUGGCCAAGAUCCCACCAACAAUGUAUUUUGCGCCGAUGACGAGAAAUGUGUUUUCCAUGCUCCAAACUCCGCCUGGCCUGGCAUGGGUGGGUGCUGUCCUAACAACGACGACAGCAAUUGCGGUUUCGAAAGUACCUGCUACGACAGCUUCGAAUUGGCUUCUACUCCCGCUCUCCUUGCUACGAACAACCCAUUUGCCAUCUAUUGCACUGAGUCGGCGUCACGAAACUGCGUUACAUGGUAUUAUAUUCAACUAGGGAUCACGGACUAUGGUUGUGGGACGGCAUAUGAAUUUGAGACCGUUUACACCGACGCAACUCUCACGACCGAUCAUGAUACAUAUGUCACAAUGGUGUCUGUGUCCUAUGUUCCAGACGCCUUGUUGCAGCAAUUCGCAAAUGGAGGCAGCACCAUGUCUACUGAGCCGGGGAAAAUAACAACAUCUGGGAAGGCUUCAACAGCAACAUCACUACCGACUGUGCCCGCGACUUCCGCACCAGCGGCAGCAACAUCUGUAACUUCAUCCAGUUCAUCAACGCCAGUCGGCGCCAUUGUUGGCGGGGUUGUCGGAGGUGUUGUCGGCCUCGGGGCCAUCGCUGGCGCAUGCUUUGUGGCCUGGUUAUGGAUGAAGAGGAAAAAGGAAAACAACCCCAUAGAAAUGUCGUCUCGAAACAGCACCCAGCCUGGGGGUUACCAAUCAGUUCCACAAUAUCAACUACCACAGUCUUGGGACAACGCUACAUCCACAUUCUCAGAAGCUGGCGCUAAGGAAGUAAGGAAAGGACCAACUGAGUUGCCCGAUGGGCCUAUUAUUGAAAUUGAUUCGAACAAUCGGAACGUUGUUACCGAAUUACCGACCACGGAGCCCUCACAAACGAGCCACUAA